AUGUUUCGACAACGAGGUAUCAAACACCCUCCAGACAUCAUCAUCAAAUCCGAUCCUGUUGUCGGCGUUGGAAAUGAAGCUUACGAGAGGGUAAGGGUUGCACCUAGGUCACAGGAGCAGUACAAGAUUGGGCCCCCAUUUGGAGAAACAACAAUAGUCAACCAAAUACGGCUUGACUCAACGCGGGAACUAGUUCACCCAAGAUUAUCGGCGAGGAUAGAUCGAGGCUUUGAUUUGUUUAAUGACGACACAUGGGUAUGCUACAAGAGAAAUUACUUUUCGGUGGUUGCAAGUUUUGACUUUGACGAGUUGGGGGCCCGCCAGUCGGUGUUUCAAGAAGACACUUUUUCUUUGGCGGAUGAUGACGCAGAUGGUGCGGCAGAUGGUGCGGCACACGGUGCAAAUAUAAAGCGUUUCCUCAUCAGAUUGAGCAGCCAAUACGCCAAUGAAAAGACAAAAGUCAAUCUCAAUCAACAUACCCCGAAAAGAGACAAGGGACCAGUGUCCGAGCCACCAAUGGUUCCCGUGAUACCGGGCAGAAUACCCGAACACCUGGUGAUUAAACAGACCUCCAACGUGAAAAAGAGUUCCAAAUUGCAAGAGUUUGAGCAUCUAUUCAAGUGCGAGUAUAAUCGGCUUUUGCCAACACGCCCGAGCUCGAUAUUGCUAAACUAUGAAAAGGACAAACCAUACAACACAGUUGCAAAAUACGAGAGGUUGCAGUUUGCGUACGCGCCCAAAAGGAGAGUGUCAAAUGGGGCCGAGCCCAAACUUGUUUUGCAAGUGCACCUUCUAGCUGAACUAGCCGAUUCAAGCAGGCUUGCUACAGUUGCCGCGGUAACUACUGUUCCCUUUCUUGUGCGCGGCCGGUCUCCUUCCAACUACGAAUCAACCUCAAAAACAGACCAAAUCUCUCAUAAGACCCAUAAAAUCCAUAAAAUCCAUAAAAGCAGCCCAUUGAAGCGGGUGACCAAUGUGUCUAAUCUCGACAACAUUGUGUUUCGCGAAAGACCAACACCAAUAUCGGGGCUGGUGGAUUUUCUGGGAAACAAGGAGAAUAAUUUCUAUGACAAUUUUUCCAGCUCCGACGAUAAGCCUUUUGAAAACAGUAAUCCGUAUUUAAAGGACUUGCCCAACGUAUCGCUCGCUCUGGAACCCGAUUUGAGAGCGCAUUACAACAUCUAUGAUGAGAUACCACCACUGCUGCUUGAUCCUCACUAUUAUUGCACAAAAUCUAUUGAAUCUGGCGAAAUUUUGGGUUUUGCUGAAGAGUUUCAAGACCAGCAGCAGCAGCACCACCACCAUCGUCGCCAAUUUGCUAGACAAUCGCAAACAUCACCCGUAAAACCAGACAAGCACACGAGUGAGUUCGCAACAGACCAGUCGGUGACUUGCGUGUCGCCUCGGCAGCUCCAUUUUGAUACUCACAAAAUGGUAAACUCUACUACACUCAAGAGGCGAGAGAGAGAGGCUAGAGAAUAG